UUGCAAAAGACAUUAUUUACCCUUCCUUAUUUUUCUUCUAACAAACAAGCCAGGGACAUAACUGUCUUUUGCUUAAAUUUCCGGGCUGACCCUUUUUCCCCGGAUUAGAUCCAUACCCAGUUUUAUAUGUUUUCUGUGUUGUUUGAUGUAUAACCCAUACUUAUAUGGGUCGUACCCGCAGAGACUUCCUAAUUCCUCGGCAAAAGGCGCCAUGAUUUUAGCGUCCGUUCAGUUAUUUCUCCAUGUCUCCCACUUCUUCUUCUUCAAUUCAAAUUUUAAAUCCUCAGAAUCAUCUCAGCAUAACUCUAAAUUAAUGGACCCUAAAGGUCAUAAGCGUGUUCAUUUGGAUCCUCUAUCUCCUUCUUCAGCACGUACAGGACAGAAGAUAUGUCUGGUUCUUAUUCGGGUGAAAACAAUGAUCCGAACACCAUCCAGAUUUCCACUGGACGCACUGGCAAAUCCGGUCUUGGCGGAAAUCCGAGAUAUAUCACAACAUCACAAAGACAUCUACAUAACAAAGAUCUCUCUUCUAAUAAUCAAAAAAGUGGUCAGGGUUAUCUCACGCCAUUGCAAAGACGGCUUCAGGGUGUUUAUUUCUUAAGACUGAGCCAAAAUGUUUCAACGUCCAAACUUAUUAACAGGAAACAGACAGUGUUUAACGAUGGCAGGAAAUUCCAACUACCUGCAGCUUCAAAAGUACUAAAUCCUGUGAGUGCUCCACCCUCAGGCGACUGAUAUAGUGGAUUAUACAAGCGAAAAGGACCUCCAAAUGAUGCUUGGCACUCAGACAUACUUCAAUGGAUACCGCCAUCAAGAUCUCAUAAGGGGGAUAGUUACACUGCAAUCAUAUGUUCGAGCUGAAAAUGCUAGAAAUAUUGCGAACAGAACAUACAGACAUCUCAAUUCUCAGUAUCACGAGGCUGGUUAACUCGAAACAUCUUAAGCUGCAAAGGAGAGUUCUUAAGACGGAGGCAACAGUACAAAAUAAAAACGAUGAAAACUAUGGCUUGCGGAAGAAGAUUGCAAAAUUUGAGAAACAGUGACAACAACAUUUGUACAAGAAACACGAAGCCCAGGUUACCACCAAAAAGAAACAAUGAAAAUUCUCAGCCUAAUAGUGGAACCUCUUUCGGUGUUAGACGUCAAAGUCCACUUACAACCAUGUUACAGCAGGGAGCGGUGGCCAUAAUAAAAAAAGAAUCAGCCACUGAUUGCUAAAAUUAAGGUUGCAGAGAUAGCCAUCAAUGCAGUGACAAUACUUCUCAACAUUCUAUUGGAAACUCACUUGGAAGCAUUCUUACAUAUCAAACCAAUCAGAGCAGAAUCCGUAGAGUCGAAUCUUCCAUUGGACACUCAAGUGGAUGUGGAAGUGCAGUUACAGAUGAAGGUUCAUUGCUGCCUCAAACACAAAGGAAGAUUCAGGGUGCUGCACUAUCAGGGAAUACCUAUAAGAGGCCUUUGGGCAGGAUUUUGAAACAACGAGCAAAUACACUUAAUAAGCCGUCUUUACCUAUCUCACCAAUGCCCUAUCCCAGACAGCAUCAGUAUCCCUAACUGGAAUAGCAAAAAAACUCUUCUGCAGAACAUGUGCAUGGAAUAGCUGGUGCAACUCACUCCUCUGGAGAACAGGUGUAUAGAAUAGCGGGGUGUAGCUCUUGAUCAAGUUGUAAAAGGUCAUGAGUAAAAGGCCAUGACAAAACAAAUAUCUGGAUGUACCAAAUUAUAUUUAUAUUGUUUAUUAAUGAUACAGAAACUGUUAAG